AUGGCCGACCCCCGUGUUGAAGAAAUCGUUGAGGAGGAGACUCCCAAGCAGACCGUUGAGGAUGCUGGCAGCGACUCCGAGUCUGAGGCUGGCGAGGCCAACAUUCCCGCCGGUGCUGCCGUCACCAUCCACUCUCGUAACGAGAAGAAGGCUCGCAAGGCCAUUGGCAAGCUCGGCCUGAAGCACGUUCCCGGCAUCACUCGUGUCACUCUCCGCAGACCCAAGAACAUCCUCUUCGUCAUCAACCAGCCCGAUGUCUACCGUUCCCCCUCCAGCAACACCUGGAUCAUCUUCGGUGAGGCUAAGAUCGAGGACCUGAACUCCCAGGCCCAGGCUUCUGCUGCUCAGCAGCUCGCCGCUGCCGAGGCUGCCGCCGGUGAGCACGCUGGUCACGACCACGAGCACGAUCUCGGCACCAAGGUCCCCGAGGCCGAGACCAAGAAGGAGGAGGAAGAGGAUGAUGGCGAGCCCGUCGACGAGUCCGGUCUUGAGGCCAAGGACAUCGAGCUCGUCAUGGCUCAGGCCAACGUGUCGCGCAAGAAGGCUGUCAAGGCUCUUCGUGAGAACGACAAUGAUAUCGUGAACUCCAUCAUGGCGCUCAGCAUAUAA